ACAUGUGCGUACUCGACGCAACUUCCUGGCAGAUUGACAGCUUCGCAGUAGCAGUAGUUGUGUGAUACGCCAGUCAAGCUGAGGCUACUUCACAGCUUUUCUAAUAAUUUGAUUUUAUCCACGAUGUUUUACUCCGGGAGCUCCCCCUUCGUAGUUUAAUAGCAUCCGGGGUGCCGGAGAGUGGCACAGACGCUCGGAACAAAAGUAAGAAGGACGCCCAAAGUGCGUGUUUGAUGGCGGCUGGGGAUGGAGCCCAGCUGCCGGCCACAGUCGCGGCCAGUCGGAGUGUGGAGAAAGCCCUGGAGGACGCCGCCGCCAGCGGGGCUCUCAACUUGGCCAACCGAAAACUGAAGGAGUUCCCGCGGAGUGCCAGGAACUACGACCUGUCCGACAUUACCCACGCAGAUCUGUCCAAGAAUCGUCUAUGUGAGCUUCCAGAGGAGCUUGGUCAGUUCAUUUCUUUAGAAACGCUGAGUCUCUACCACAAUGGUAUGCGUUCACUGUCCUCCUGCCUGGGCAACCUCCAGGCCCUUACCUACCUCAAUCUCAGCCGAAAUCUUCUGUCCAGUUUAUCUCCGUCAGUGUUUGAGCUUCCUCUUCUGCGGGUGCUCAUCAUCAGCAACAACAAGCUGUCUUCAUUGCCCGCCUCCAUAUUCUCCCUCACACAUCUCCGACAGCUGGACGUGAGCUGCAAUGAGCUGCAGUGUUUACCCGUUGAGCUGGGCCAGCUGGAGUGUCUCCGGGACUUAAACCUGAGGAGAAACCAGCUCACUGCUUUACCUGAGGAGAUCUCAGAACUACCGCUUGUCCGCCUUGAUGUGUCCUGCAAUCGCAUCACCCGGGUGCCCUUGUGCUACCGCCACCUGCGGCACCUUCAAAGCAUCUUGCUGGACAACAACCCGCUGCAGAUGCCCCCGGCACAAACCUGCUCCAAGGGCAAGUACCACAUCUUUAAGUAUCUCAACAUGGAGGCCUGCAAGAGGAGUCAGGAAGAGCUGGAGAGACACUUGAGGCCCACAGGCUUCAACAGCUGUUUGUCAGACCAGGAGCUGUUCACAAGUCAGUUUGGAGGCUUGGACUCUGGUUUUAAUAGCGUUGAUAGCGGCAGCAAAAGAUGGUCUGGAAAUGAAUCAGCAGAUGACUUCUCAGAGCGUUCCCUCCGCAUGUCUGAGGUCAGCAGAGACCAGAGAAACCUGGAGGAGGAGGAGGAGGAGGAGGAGGAAGUCUCUCCUUUAGACGCUAGCAAUGUCAAUGGCCAACCUGAGCAGAUGGACUUCAACAGCACCGUGACAGAGAAAGAGGACGACGAGAUGAAGACAGACCUACCAACGCCUUCUCUUGCGACACGCCCACUUCAGCUGAAGGGGAGAGCGUCGCCGUCCCACAAUAACGACUCCACAGUAUGCCGGUGUGUAACUUUUUAUCACUUUCCCACAGUUUCAUGCUUGUGUUCCAAGGUCACAGUCAUUUCGCACAAGGAGGUUGCUCUGCACUCGUCAGCCUCCCCAUCACCGCUGUCCCCAUCCAGCCCCACCAUGGAGGAACGGCGCCAGCCGGGUUCGCUGCUCAUCUGGCAGGAGCGAGAGCGACUACAGCAGCAGCAGCAGGGGGAGAAGGCCAGUUUGCUGAAGUCACUCAGCAAAACAGGAAGUCUUGUGGCCUCUGCACCUCUGACAGGAAAUGGCUCAGAUGGUCCGUCGCCAGAUAGCAGCCCACCCCACCGUGGACCCCAACUGAGAUGUGCAAGCACUGAACACCUCGUGUGUUCAUCAACACUUCUUCAGCGCUCCAGAAGCAGGACAGAGGGACUGUCCUCCCCAAAGACGUCUCCUCCGCCUGCAGAGAGCCAGAAACCCAACAGCUUCCUGUUCCGUACGUCCUCUCGCAGCAAUGUCAGGCCUGCGGGUGUGUCUUCCUUUGAGUCUCGCAUCACAAUUCGUUCGUCUAAAGAAGAAAGCGCGGAUGUCGCGCAGCUCCGCAAAACGCUGGAGACACGGCUAAAGAUCACCCUGUCGGAGGACCUGGGGGAGGUGCUGUCCAACGGCACUGUCCUUUGUCAGCUGGUCAACAGCAUCCGAGCUCGCUCUGUGUCCAUCAUUCACAUUCCAUCCCCUGCAGUGCCAAAACUGAGCUCAGCCAAGAGUCGACUCAACGUGGAACACUUUCUCGCUGCGUGUCGCAAGCUGGGCGUCCCCGAGAUGGACAUGUGUGUGUGCUCUGAUGUGCUUCUAUCUAAGCUGCCCAAUGUGCUGCAAUGUGUCAAGGCCUUGCUGGCCCUGGAGGAGGGGGGCCUGGACAAGCACUCCCUGCCUUCGUCCUCCUCGUUGCUGUCCACAGAUUUCCUGCUCUUCUACUGUGUGGCCAUGGUGCUGCUCUACGUUCUCUACUGCUACGUGCUCACUUAAGCUACAUCCCAUAAUAAUAGCAAUCAGGACAGCAGUGUGAGUGUGCAGCAGGAAAUGCAAAGCAAGGAAACGCUACACUGGAACAUUUCAGGUUAGCACCUAAAUAGUCUCGCCAAGCCUCCACACCACAAGUUCUUUGAAACAUCUGACCACUUCACACAUGUAAAUGACACACUACAGGUCACUAGUACAGGUCCAACAUAUCUUACCAUUUUCCAUUUAUAGUUUGUUUUUCUUAAUUGCAAAAAAACAAUUUCAGACAGGCAAUGUUAUUCAAAACAUUUUUAUUUUUUUUUGCGAGAAAACAAGAACGCCAUGUGCGUGUCUGUAUGCUGACAUGAAGCAACUGUGAAUGUCUACGUUAUCAUUUUGAACCUUCUAGAUGUGUGUCUAAACUCCAAAAUCAACGGAUGCAGGGGACCAUUUUGUUACGUUUAUUUAUAUUCAGUUUUGUAAAAAGGCGCACAAAAGGUCAACAUUUCAGCUUUUUCUAUUUACAUUGUGCCUUUUCCCCUAAGUUUUGCUUUUAUAUUUUUUUUGUGCAAUAAGGCGCAAAUGGCCCCCCGCCUCGCACUUAGGACACCACUGUUCUAGAACUCAACUAACACGCACCACUUUGACCCUGUUCUGCUUCAUGCGAGCAGCAGGGGGCAGUGUUGCUGCAUCAAAGGCCCAACAUGGUUUGAAAGUCUAUUUUUGGGGGGCCAAACUAAAAAGGUACAAACCACGCACGUGUACAUAUAUGUAUAUAUUUAUAUAUACAUACAUACUUACAUAUGUUUUUUUAUGGUUACCAGGUGACGUUGUAAAAAUGUAAACAGGUGAUUAAAUUAUGUAUUUUCUUUUUAUUUAUUUUGAGUGUUUUUUCCACACAGGUAAGAGGGCUACUAUGAUAGAUAAAAGGUUGAAGCUUACAAGUGACAGGGAAAUUAUUCAAGCUUAAAAUAAGAAAAUAUGAUUUCCCGGAAGCUUAUUGACUGUUUCUACUUGACACUCGUGUCUGCCUUAUUGCACAUAAACAGUUAAAAAGAACUUUAUGAAAAUAUUUGUGUUCCUUAAGAGAAUUCUAGGGCCUUGACACGAAGUAAACGUUGAUUUCCUGCAUUUGUCACAGUAGCUUAAAUGUUUUUCAGCUGCUGUUUUUCUACCGGCAUGCAAUUUGCAUUGAAAUAGUUUGAAUAAAUACAGAUGUAUAUUUUAUCUUUACAAAACCAAACCUAACGCUGGUUUUUGCAGUGUCCACAGAGCCGAUAUACACUUUAGUGACAUUUUGUACAUGACGCUCUGGGUUUUUCAAGUUGACGUCAAUUUGAUUUGUUUGCCUCUCCUCUUCCUGCUGUAAAGACUUUUAUUAAAAGCAACUUUGAC